AUGCAUCACCCGGCUGUGGUAGCCUCACCGAGAACACUGAAGCCCAAGAAGUCGCGUACGGUCUCGUGGCUCCUCCGAGCCGGUUCGCGGACAGCUACAGCACGCCCCGUCAUAUCGGCGCCCAUGGGACCGGUAAAAAAUUCGAGAGGCGCCGACCUGCUCAGGAGCGAGACCCUUGUCGUCGUCGACGGGAUAGAUGGCUGUGUUGGCCAGGACCGAAGGACAAGCCAUAUAGCUACCGCUCAUACUCUACAGCCGCUCGCAAGCAGCCCGACAGUGGCGAGCUCCGACAUGACGGUAUCGCCUGAAACGCAGACUCUUCUCGGCACGAUUGACAUCAACCAGAUCACAAAGGAGCCCGCGGGCCCCGCCUCUACCGGAUUUUACCAGCCACGGUCUCCUGCAGGCUCUCAGACGGCAUCGCUGUUGACACUGAACAGGGAUUCAACAUGUCAACAUGAGAACAUGCCGCCCAGGGAAGCCAUUUGGACGCCGAGCUGUCAGCCCGUGAGUCGGGUCCCCAAGUCCAAGUCCAUCAACACAAUCCAUCGCAUCAGGGACUCCAAUAGACUCAGUGACAUGCAUGGGUUUCCCUCUUCAGCAUCAUCCAGUACUACAAUUAUACAUUCGCCAUCGUCGGAACAAGAGUCUGUACAGGAUGCACUUCAGACCCCCAGCCGCUCGUCUAGCCAAGGGGAUACGACCCUUUUGCUCCAGGUAAAUGAGGCCCAGCCUUCAGCCUACUGGUCCGGCCGCUUCAUGAGUCUCUACGACAAGCUCUCCAACCAGUCAAUGACUCCUAUACUAGAAUGCCCCUCCAUGUCCUCUCUGUUGAAGGGGCCGCCCCUGGCUCGCCACGCUACCUCGCGUAUCCCCUUUUCUUCGUCGCUGCCCAACGUGGGAAAUAUGGAGAUGCAGAUGGCCGCGGACGACGAGGAAAAAGUCCGUCGUAUUUUCCGUCGCCUCGAAACUUCGUGCUCCACCGCCGAGGCACGCAACUCCCUGCAUGACUGGCAAGGUGUAUACUCUCGUCGCAAUAGGCGCAGAUCGUCGUCGCGUCAUCUCCACCCGCCGAAGGAGAAUGAGAACCGCCGCGGAGGCGUCGUGCUCAAGUGGCUGGACAGCGUGCAACGGACGAGCAGGAGGAACUUGUCAGCUCUCCGGGAGUCGUCGGCCUCGGCGGCCCAUCCCACUAGAAGCAGGGUAGUUGCAGAUGCAAAGGAAAAGGGGGGCUGGAAAAAGUGA